UGAAUCGAAUAUGAACACCUGAUUCAUGUGGUUCAUGCGUACCGUGGUGUGUGUGCACGUGGAGUGAUUGGUGCGUAUACAAAUCCAACCCAGCUCCGUGUGCGGCCGUUCAGUGACGUGCCAGCGCUCCAAGUGAUCGGACGUGUCCGCAAGUGUAAUCAUUCCCGUUCCGCCUGUCAGCCUGUGUUGCGUCUCCUAGCAGCAGUGUUCGGCCUGCCGUGUUUGAACCGUUGAUAACCAAAGAAACAAAUCGUGCUCAUCCCGGCCUACUGCGUACCUAGUCCGAUCACAUCAAAAAAGCCAUUGUGGUGGAAGGUCAGUGAAGAAAAGAAACAUACACACACACAUCAUGUGCAGCAAAUCGGCAGCGAUAAUUCUUCUAGCGGGAGCAAUUUGUUUCACGCUGAUGCCAACAUUGACACGGGCAGCUGAGUUUGGAAACUGCGCCAACGAAACGGCCAUCGGGCGGUACAGUUUGGUAGAGGUGUCGAACUGUGCCGAAAGCGAUGCGUCCUGCGUUUUGAAGCGCAACUCGAAUGCUACCAUUUCCAUCACCUUCACUAGCGCCGAAGACUUAUCGGAGCUGAAGGCGGUCGUGCACGGUAUCAUUCUCGGCAUGGAGGUGCCGUUCAAGCUACCCAAUGAUGAUGGCUGCAAGGAUAGUGGACUCGAAUGUCCGCUCACGAAGGAUACCAGCUAUCGGUACAGCACCACACUGCCUGUGUUGAAGCAGUAUCCAAAGGUAUCGGUUGAGGUGAAGUGGGAGCUUAAGGCAGGUGACAAGGAUGUGCUUUGCGUACUGAUACCGGCCAAAAUACAGUAAUCAUAGCACGCGGUACAAUUUCACAGCCAGAACAACAAAACAAUGCUCUCAGUCAGUACUACCCAGCAGCCGUGUCUUCUUUGCGAAGAGAAGGUCAAACACGUGCUUUCCUGCGCUUGUGCGCCAUACCUAUACCGCGCGAUAGAAGUAUAACUCCCGGGUCGACCAGAUGCAGCGGUGGGCGUCAACAAGAUCAUCAGACGGUAUCCGCAGUAGGAGAAGAUACGGGACCAAUCAAUCCGUAAAUGGUUUCAUUCUUCCGAAAAAGAAACACCAGCAGCAGCAGCAGACCACCAGCAGAAACCGGAUGGUGUGUGUCGGUCGCCCACCAUCGUGACAUACGAGAGGUGCUAGUGGCAUUGCUUAAUCCGUUAAUUAGAUUACAAUUGAACGUACAGUCAAUCUAAUAAAAAUCUACCAACUUACCCCCGGUGUU